AUGAAAAAAUCACGAGCACCGGCGUACGCAUCAAGUCAUGAGGAAAGCGAAAAUGACAGUGACCAGACAGAGUGCAGCAUUGGAAGCAACUCGACCGCUGGAACUCAUCGCAGUGAUACUCCAAACGGAGCUAAGCCCCGGCGCAAAGGUCGCCGUCGCAGUAAAACCACAAAGAACAAGCCGAUAAAUGAUAAGCCGCUUUACAAAUACUGCUGCAGCGUGAAAGAAGACCAUGGGCAGCCUCUGUUUGGAGUCCAGUUCAAUCAUCAUCUGAAAGAGGGCGAGCCGAUGAUCUUCGCGUCAGUUGGCAGCAACCGGGUGAGUAUCUACGAGUGUCCUGAAGGCGCAAACAUGAGACUGCUUCAGUGCUACGCGGAUCCAGAUAGUGAAGAGAAUUUUUAUACAUGCGCGUGGACGUAUGAUGAUGCGGGGAAGCCUUUGCUCGCGGUAGCGGGAUCACGGGGAGUAGUCAGAGUUAUUAGUCCGGUAACAAUGACCUGUGUUAAACACUACAUAGGUCACGGGCACGCGAUCAAUGAGCUGAAGAUCCACCCUCGGGAUCCGAAUGUUCUUUUGUCGGCAUCAAAAGAUCAUGCGCUGAGACUCUGGAACAUAAAGACCGACGUCUGUAUCGCGAUCUUCGGUGGAGUUGAGGGCCACCGGGACGAAGUGCUCAGUGCGGACUUUGACAUGAAAGGCACGAGGAUUAUUUCCUGUGGAAUGGACCACGCGCUGAAACUCUGGUCGCUCGAGAAACCGGACAUGAAGGAGGCAAUAAAACAGUCUUACUUCUGCAACCCCGCUCGCAAUAGUCGGCCUUUUGAUUCCAUACUCCAGCAUUUUCCCGACUUCACAACUCGGGACGUCCACAGGAACUACGUCGAUUGCGUCAAGUGGUACGGGGACUUUAUACUCAGCAAGAGCUGCGAGAACUGCAUCGUCUGCUGGAAACCCGGUCGACUCGAAGAUUCCCAGCUGCGUAAUAAUGAAACCAGCGCUACAGUAAUGCAUCGUUUUGAAUUUAAAGAGUGCGACAUCUGGUUCAUUCGCUUCUCAAUGGAUUUCUGGCAGCGCACGAUAGCUCUAGGCAACCAGGUGGGAAGGACUUACGUCUGGGACUUGGAUGUCGAUGAACCUGGACAAGCUAGGUGCUGUUCUCUCCAGCAUCCGAGAUGCACUGCGCCUAUCAGGCAGACUAGUUUGAGUCGCGAUGGCUCUGUUUUGCUCUGCGUCUGUGACGAUGCUACUGUCUGGCGAUGGAAUCGUGAUCAUUAGUUAUAAGUAUUAUUAUUAUUAUUAUUAUUGAACUGUUUAUUUAUAUUAUUGGUUUUGAUGAAUUAUUGGUCAGUCCAAAUAUACAUUAAUGCUUGUAAAUUAAU